UUUGAAAGGUUAUGGACAUUCUUACGAACAUUUAUAUUCUUAUUAGUUUAAAACAAUAGAAAUUAAUGAUUAUUUUGAAAUUUUCAAUUUAUAAAUUUUAGAAAUUAAUUGUAAUGUAACAGCUGUAUGUGUAAUUCUGAACUAUUUACUCUAACUUAUGGCGCACUUGUUGCCCAAUUGAUCAAAGACUAUGAAAAUGUGGAAGAUGUUAACAAACAAUUAGAAAGAAUGGGAUAUAAUAUAGGAAUUCGAUUGAUAGAGGAUUUUCUGGCACGGACAGGUUCUGGUCGAUGUUAUGACUUUAGAGAUACGGCAGAGAAGAUUCAAAGUGGCUUCAAGAUAUUUCUCGGUAUAACACCGUCAAUUACGAAUUGGAGCCCAGCUGGUGAUGAAUUCUCUCUAUGCUUUGAGACAAAUCCAUUAACAGAAUUUGUAGAAUUACCAGAUAAUUGUUCUAACUUGAAGUAUUGUAAUAUACUGACUGGUGUACUUAGAGGAGCUUGCGAAAUGGUGCAAAUGGAAAUUGCUUGCUGGUUUGUGCAAGAUCAACUUAAAAACGACAGUGUAACCGAAUUACGUGUAAAAUUUGUCAAAAGAUUAGAAGAUGCGAUACCAGCAGGCGAGGAUUGAACAUAUCUGUUAUCUAAUGUGCAAAUAUUAUAAUGUAUCAUUUUAAUGAAAAAAUAUUUUGUAUUUUAUGUUAAGAUACAAUUAUAAUAGUUAUAAAAUAUAUUAACCACAAAUGUAUUUUCUCAUAUUACUUUCACAAUUUUUUAUUUUAAAUUUUUAUCGAGGAUUUCAGUUUUACAUUAUCGCUUAUAUUAAUGUAAUAAUAGUGAAGUAAAAUAUAUGC